GGCAGCGGGUUGAGGUUCCCACAGAGCAGGGUUAUUAGCGAAGAGGGGAAGCCUAUCCGUGCCGGGAAGAGCAGCCUAGGGGGCACUUCAGAGCAGGCAGCGGGGCGGGGUGACUGCAAAGGGGCUGGCAGCGGAGAGGGAAGGGAAGACAAAGAGAAGCCCAGAGCGAACAUGAGAGGCGGGAAGCGGGGAGAACAGGGGAUCAGCUGAAUUCAACCCAGGGGAAACGCUCUUUCCUUCCAGCCGCCCUCCAGGAGGCGCAGGCAGGCCGGGGGGCAGCGGGCGGUUCGGGCCGGGGGAGCGCGGAGCGAGGGGCGCCCAUGGGGAAAGGCGGGGAGAAAGGCGAGGAGGCAGGGGAGCGCGAGGCGCAGAGCCGGCUCUACAGCUGGGAGGAGAUCCAGCGGCACAACCUGCGGACGGACAAGUGGUUGGUGAUCGAGCGGAAGGUUUAUAACAUCACCACGUGGGCAGCCAGGCACCCGGGCGGCCCCCGGGUGAUCAGCCACUACGCCGGCGAAGAUGCCACGGAUGCUUUCUGGGCCUUUCACCUCAACCCCAGCUUUGUGCAAAAGUUUCUCAAGCCAUUACUGAUUGGAGAGCUCGCCCCAGGGGAACCUAGCCAGGACCGAGGCAAAAACCCCCAGCUGGUGGAUGAUUUCCGGGCCCUGAGAAAGACAGCAGAGGAUAUGAAUUUGUUCAAAGCAGAUCCCUUAUUUUUCUCCCUUUACCUGGGUCACAUCAUCAUGAUGGAAGCUUUGGCUUGGUUACUAGUUUCAUACUAUGGGACCGGCUGGAUCACAACCUUUAUCCUUUCCUGCAUCCUUGCAACCUCCCAGGCCCAGGCUGGGUGGCUACAGCAUGACUUUGGACACCUCUCUGUCUUUAAGAAGUCUAAAUGGAACCAUAUCGUCCACAAGUUUGUCAUCGGGCACCUGAAGGGUGCCUCAGCAAACUGGUGGAAUCAUCGUCACUUCCAACAUCAUGCCAAACCCAACAUCUUCAAGAAGGACCCAGAUGUGAACAUGCUGCAUAUUUUUGUCCUGGGAGAUUCUCAGCCCGUUGAGUAUGGCAAGAAGAAGUUGAAAUACCUACCUUACAACCACCAGCAUGAGUACUUCUUCCUAGUUUUCCCACCUCUCCUCAUCCCCGUGUACUUCCAAAUGCAAAUCAUCAUGACCAUGAUCAGACGCAGGUUCUGGGCGGACCUGGCUUGGGCCUUCAGUUAUUACAUGCGCUAUUUCAUCAUGUACAUCCCUUUCUAUGGAGUUCUGGGAUCCCUGUUUCUCCUCACCUUUGUCAGGUUUCUGGAGAGUCACUGGUUUGUGUGGGUCACACAGAUGAACCAUAUUCCAAUGGAAAUUGACUGUGAGAAGCACAGAGACUGGCUCAGCGCUCAGUUGGCAGCUACCUGUAAUAUCGAGCAGUCCUUUUUCAAUGACUGGUUCACCGGGCACCUGAACUUCCAAAUCGAGCACCACCUGUUUCCCAUGAUGCCACGACACAAUUACUGCAAGAUUGCCCCACUGGUGAAGUCAUUGUGCACCAAGUACGGAGUCCACUAUGAAGAGAAAUCUCUCGGCAAGGCAUUCAUAGACAUUGUUGGGUCUCUAAAGAAAUCUGGACAUCUCUGGUUGGAUGCCUACCUCCAUAAAUGAAACUGCAUCGUAGUGGGGAGGUGCGAGUGAUGGGGGAAGGACCAUGUGUUUUUGUUCUUUUGUUUUUUACUGUCAGAUUUUCAGCCUAUAUCUGUGUGCACAGUUGGAGGGGAGUUUCCUGUCUUGUAAAAUGCUACUGGGGGGUGGAGGGGGGGCGGUUUAAGACACCUUUUUAAACCAGAGGGAUUUUUAAAUGUGUUUGGCACAGUCUUCAGAAGAUGAGUUAAAAGAUCCAUUUCAUACCACCCGGCUGGAAAUUGACCAAGCUGAGUGGAGUUUUCUGUUUUGAAGGGGGAAGAUGAGAGAGUGGGGUAGAUAACCAGAAGAGCAAUUUCUUCCCUCCCCUCCCUCUUCCUGAGCCAUUCACUGCAGCCCUAGCCUCAAUCCCACACACACACAGGCACUUGAUUCAUAAACAUGAUCAGGCCAGCAUCAAAGAGCUUCUGCAUCUGUUCCAAUAUUUACAAUCCCAGAAACCCCAAUCAGUUUACGUCCUUUUCCCCCUUCUGAUGCUGGUGCAGAGGAACAACAGCCCAGGAUUGGAUUGUGUUUAAAAACAAAAAAACCCAAAAGCCUGUUUGAUCACCCACAGAACGGCGAAGUCUCUUGGCUGCGCUGCCUGCUGCAUCCUCCCUGGAGAAUUGGGAGGCGCAGCUGUGAGCAGCAGGUGCUGCAUUAUUUAGUCUGUCUGCCUCGCUCAGAGCCCUGCUGUGGCUUUGUCUCUCACUCAGCCUCUUUCUCUCUCUGAGCACAGCGCUGCGAACUCCCGCAUUAGCUUUGCUGGGACUCUACACAGGCACAAGUAUCCAACUGCAUGGGCCUCAGUGCUGGAUCAGGCUCUGUGUGUGUUUUUACUGCUCACCCCUGUUUUCAGGGGUCUGCAACUCAGCUCUGGGCUGAAACAGCAAGAGGGAUUUAACAAUCACUUAGUCAGGUUUUCUUUCCAUGUGGCCCAUUAACACUGCUGAGAUGUCUGCUAACUAAUGAUAAUAUUGAUGCAUAUAACAAAUUGACCUGCCCAUUGCAGAUGCUUUAUUGUGCUCUUUGGGCGGGAGAGGUUGCAGCUAUUUAACACAAAUACAGCAGAGAACCAAGCUACCCUGGUUUUACAUUUGGUGUGAAACUUUCCAUAGAGCACUGAGAAAUGUCUUAAAUUGUCUAGACCUAUUUUCUGUCUGAUACACAGUUACCCAAGAACCAUUAGUGGCUCUAGUGGAGGGUAGUGUUCAGUUGGUUCCGUGACACACGGCCCAAUCCAAAGCCAACUGGUAGCAAUAGAAAGUCUUCCAUAGACAGCAGUUGGCUUUACAUUAGGCCUGGAGACUUUAAUUUAAUACAGUUGAAAGCAAGACAGAUGUGACAUUCCAGUAAUAUUAAGGGCCAAGGUUUCUAAAAAAAGGCCUCUAAACUUCUGCCCAUCCCUCAUUGCUUGUUCAAAACCCACAUUUCCUUGUGCAAAAUAGGUAUUUAGUCAUGCAGUUACCUAACAGCAAGUUUGCAAGCAUAUCAUUAGGUCCCAAUCCCACAACUGCAUCUCCCCAAGCAGAUCCUAUCACUCAGAUCAAGGCCAGCUCCAGGCACCAGCUUGGCAAGCAGGUGCUUGGGGCGGCCACUCUGGAGAGGGGCGGCAUGUCCAGCUAUUCGGCGGCAAUUCGGCAGAUGGUCCCUCACUCCCACUUGGAGUGAAGGACCUUCCGCCAAUUGCCGCCGCAGAUCACGAUAGCGGCUUUUUUUUUUUGUGGCUGCCUGGGGCGGCCAAAACCCUGGAGCCGGCCCUGACCCAGAUGGUGCUCCACUAAAAUCGACAGGGCUCUGCCUGCCUGGAGGCAGCUGCAGGACUGGGGCUUAACACUUGAGAAAGUUUAACCCGCUUUAGAAAAUGUCUCCCUGAAGAUCAGAUUUUACUGCACUAAAGCCAGGAAAUUCAUAGUGGACAUUGUAAUUUAACCAAUCCACUGAUGCCUGAAGUUUGUAGGGGACUUUAAAUAGUUGGGUGAUUAUACACACCCUGUUGAUUGCAAUACUUAAAUAUCACCACAGGUGGUUAGAAUCAAGUUUUAUUGUCCUGGUGGUGUUUCAGUUUCAACCAGACCUUGAACACCUUUUAUAUUGCAGUCCCUGGGGUUCCAGUCUCUAAUAGCAUAAUUAACAGUAUCCUUCUGUAUUUUGUAAUCUUUUUGAACAAGGUAGUAAUGAGUUAGCAUGGGAUUGUGGAAAACACCAUUGAAACUGCCUUAAUCUCAGUCUCUUUUUAAUUCAAUGAAUGUAUCUCACUUUCUCUGCUCCAGGAGGGAUGAGCACAAACAUACUGCAGCACCUGCUUUGCAGUCUUCCAAACAGGCAGCUAGCUUUUCGAGAAGAUUCAGAUUCUUUGCUCCUCCAGUUCUUUUUUCCAAAACAAACUCUGAGUUUGGCUGCUGCUUCCUCUGGGCUCUGGCCCCUUUCUCUUUGCUGUCUGUCUUGUUGGAAUGUUGUCCAUUUGCAUGGUAAACGUCCAGAGGAAUCUCAGGAGAGUGGUGACCCAAUAGACCCAUCCCAAACCAGUAGCCUUAUUCUAGUCACGUGCUUUUGUAGUGGUCAUUGAUCAGCUUACUGGAGGGACUCGUGUUUUAUUAAAAGAAUAAUGCAAUUCCAGUAGGGCACCCUGCAUUGCCAAUGCUUGGGAGAUGGCAGCUAUCACUACUGACAGCUGUAGAACCUCGGAACAUUCUAGAAAAGCAAUGGGGCUGGGCACCAUGCAGAAGGAAGGGCCAGUCCUUAAACAGAACAAUUGUUUCAUUUGUCCUGAGCAACAACAAACAAAAUCAUAAAGGGAACAAGUAGGGACAGGCAAGUGCCUGAUAUUGGCUCUUCCCUCUCACCCAGGCAAGCUGGGUGCUUUAGAUCAAACUAUAGAAACAUUCUUGUUCAUGGAAAACUCUGAGUCACUAAGACCUGCAAAAUAAAAACUAUGCCAUUUUAUAGUU